CGCAUAAAAACACACUACCAUAUCAAUCUACCCACAAAGACAAGACACUCUUACACUCUUCUUCAUCUCUCAUUGUCACAUUUUAUAAAAUCUAACUAGUAAUAAUUCUUUCACCUCCUCUGUUUCUGUUUCUGUGUCUUCUUUUUUGUGUUUUGCUGACCAACCAUGGCCGAGAAGGAUAAGGAGAAAGAAACGGAUCCGUUUCUGUAUGAGAGUGAAGAUGAAGACGAUGAUAUUGAGGAGAACAAGACUGAGAGUGGGAGCAGUUCUAGUAGCAGCCAUGGUGGUGACCAUGCUGAGGUUUCCUCUCCUGUUAGUUUUACUUCUCAGAAAUGGCCUCAGAGUUACAAGGAGACAAUCGAUUCUUACUCAAUCGCAGCAUCACCAAAUAUUGCAAAUCUUGGAUUUGUUCCAACUAGUAGCUAUGCAAGCAUUCACAAUUAUUCAAAAGGCAUUUUAGACCUGAUUACAAAGUCUUCAUUCCUGUCUACCAAUGAAUCUGCUCCUCAAAAGGCUGAUUUGGAUAGGAUAUCAAUAACCCAAUCAUUAUUGUCAGAAAAAUCUACUCUGCAUAAGCAGCAGACGGGAGAACUACCUAUUGGUCAUGGCUGUAGCUUCACUCAAACCAUCUUCAAUGGAAUUAAUGUAAUAGCUGGAGUUGGGCUUCUUUCAACACCUUCUACAGUGAAAGAAGCUGGCUGGGCAGGUCUGGUGGUGCUACUUCUUUUUGCAGUUGUGUGUUGUUACACGGGGGUACUCAUGAGAUACUGUUUUGAGGACAAAGAAGGCAUCACAACUUAUCCAGAUUUAGGAGAAGCUGCCUUUGGAAGAUAUGGGCGUCUUUUCAUAUCCAUUGUUUUGUACGCAGAACUAUAUUCUUAUUGUGUAGAAUUCAUUAUUUUGGAAGGAGAUAAUCUCAGCAGGCUAUUCCCAGGAACAUCCUUAAAUUGGGCUGGUUUUCAGCUGGACUCCUUGCACUUAUUUGGAAUAGUAACUGCCCUCAUUGUUCUACCAAGUGUUUGGUUGAGGGAUCUUCGUUUGAUUUCCUUCCUUUCAGCUGGUGGGGUGAUUGUCACACUUUUGAUUGUUCUGUGUGUAAUUUUACUCGGUACCGCUGGUGGGAUUGGAUUUCAUCACAAUGCUCAAGCAGUGAACUGGAAUGGAAUUCCAUUUGUAAUUGGUGUGUAUGGAUUUUGCUUUGCCGGGCAUACUGUGUUUCCAAACAUUUAUCAAUCCAUGGCAGACAGACGACAAUUUAGCAAGGCGAUCAUAAUAUGUUUUAUAUUAUGUGUGCUCUUAUAUGGGAGUGUUGCAGUCAUGGGAUAUCUCAUGUUUGGUCAACAAACAUUGUCCCAGAUAACUUUAAACAUGCCACCACAUGCUUUUCUGUCCAAAGUUGCACUCUGGACAACAGUUAUCAACCCAUUGAGUAAAUAUGCCCUGUUGAUGAACCCAUUAGCAAGGGGUAUUGAGGAGCUGCUGCCAGUUGGACUUUCUAAUAGUACCUGGUGUUUCAUUGUUUUAAGAACAGCACUUGUCAUUUCUUCUGUUGGUGCUGCCUUUCUUAUACCUUUCUUUGGUCUUGUGAUGUCUUUGAUAGGCUCUCUACUCAGUAUUCUUGUGUCAGUAAUAGUGCCGUCGCUAUGCUUUCUGAAAAUAGCAGGAAGGAAAGCUACAACGGUACAGGUUGUUUCUAGUACCACAGUUGCUGCUUUGGGCAUAAUUGCCGCAACCCUUGGUACAUAUUCUUCAGUCUCAAAAAUUGUGAAGAGCUAUUGAAAUAUUCAAGUGGUUCGACAGUUAAUAAUACCGGUGCAUUGCUUUGCUGCUCCUGCGCCACAUAUAUGCAUUCUUCCUAUAAUUUUAGACAGCCUUAUAGGUAUUGUACCUUUUUUUGUUUUUUUGUUUUUUUUGUUUUAUUUUUUUUUUCCUUUUUGGUCUUGAAUGGAUUAAUUGUGGUUGGAGAUUGGGCAUAAGGUGAAGACUUUUAUUAUACA